AGAGCGAUAGAGAGAGAGAGGAGUGUACUCAGACUGAAAGUCUGAAUCAGUAAGAAAGAAAGCUGGUGACCGUUCACUGUUUCAGUGUCGUAUUAGUCAUUCCCUUCUUAAAGGAGUGGGUUUAUGUUUCUUCAGUUCCUCUGUUUUUGGAUUUCAUGACCCUGGGAUUACAAAUCGACCCGAAAGCUUUUGUGAGAGGAUCCAGUGUUUGUGUUUGAGUUGAAGCUCAUCGAUAUCUUGUGUAGAUCUGAAAGAAAUCUCCUGUGUGGAUCUAUUUAUUGCCUCUGACAUGGGGCUUGGCAAGGCGCUGCUGAUUUUGGGGUUUGUGUGCGCGCUGCAGAAAGUCGUGUUUGGGUGCAGCAAUGGCUUCCAAAGCAAAGACGGCAAAUGCGAAGAUGUAAACGAGUGUGAUGACCCUGACUUCUGUGGGGACCACGCAAAGUGCAUUAACACCAAUGGGAGCUAUUACUGUGAAUGUUCUGCUGGUUUCCACAAUGCAAAAGGGAAUCCCAUCUUUAUUAUUGAGAAGGGACAGUGCACUGACAUUAACGAAUGCCUGGACAAUAAUACAACCUGUGGUCCUCAUGGCACCUGCAAUAAUGUCAUUGGGAGCUAUAGAUGCGUCUGUAACGCCGGCUACGUUAGCGCAGACGCCAGCAACAACACUGCGGACUGCAGAGAUAUAGACGAAUGCAGGGAGCACAAAGACAUUUGUGGAGAGAAAGGCGUCUGUGAAAACCUUAACGGGAGUUAUCGAUGCAAAUGUGACGCAGGACACACCAACUACGGCCAGGAAAAAACCAGAUGCUCAAAGCUCGAGUGUGACAGCUUCAGUGCCGACAGCGAUCCGGGGAAGUCCUUUGAAGGGCUGGCGGACAUGCUGUCCAUGAUGAGGAACAGCUGCUUGGCUCUGUCCGACCCAAGCUUUUCUGCUGGUGGAAAGGCUGAUGGCGACGCGCUGCUCGAGAAACUUCUGACGGCGACUGACACCAUCCUGUCCCCUGCACACGUGGACAACAGUGAAGGUGUGAGUGGGCUGCUCAGUGCUGUGGAGAAGUCGAUUUUACUGAUUGGUCCUCAGCUCAAAGCCAACGACACCAAAAUGGAGACCAAAGAAACGGAGGCAAACAUUAUAGUUCGAAGAGGAGCUACCCGCCCAACCGGACAAAUCCAUCUGACCAGUGAACAUGCUGAUCUGAACACUGACUGGACAACAGCAGCUGGCAAAGGCCCAUAUCCUGGUUUUGCUCUGGCCGCCUUGCUGAGCUACAAGAACCUGGAGGGGUCAGUAAACAGAUCUUUCGAGGACCUGAAAGAAAAGGAAAAAGACGCCGUUUCCUUCCAGAUCUUCUCCAAAGUCGUCUCUGUCGUGGUUUCCAACCCAUCGACUCAGAACCUGCACAGACCUGUCAACAUUACUUUCAGACUUCUAAAGGACAUAAAACAGACCCCAGAGGUGAGCUACAUCUGCGUGUACUGGGAUGAGAGAGGAGUCUGGUCCCCAGAUGGCUGCUCCCAGGGGCUGUCCAACGACACACACACUGUGUGUUCGUGUGAACAUCUGAGCAGCUUUGCUGUGCUGAUGGCCCUUUAUCCCAUGGAGACCAGCUUUCAGCUCCAACUGUUGACCCAGAUCGGCCUGAUCAUCUCCCUCGUUUGCCUGGUGCUGAGCAUCCUGACGUUCAAGUUCUGCCGGUCCAUUCAGGGGACGCGCACCACCAUCCACCUGCACCUCUGCGUCUGCCUCUUUAUGGCGGACCUCGUCUUCUUGGUCGGGAUUUCUCGAACUAGACCAGAGGGCGGCUGCAAGUUUGUCGCCGCAAUGCUCCAUUUCUUCUUCUUGGGUGUAAUGAGCUGGAUGCUGUUAGAAGGGGUGCAGCUCUACAGAAUGGUGGUCCUGGUGUUCAACGCCACCAUCCGGCCCCUCUACUUGUACGUCACCGGUUACGGGGUCCCUCUGGGGAUUGUUAUCAUGUCCGCCAUCAUCAGACCAGGGGGCUACGGCACUAAAGACCACUGCUGGCUGUCCUUGGAGCACGGCCUGAUCUGGAGCUUCUUUGGCCCUGUGUGCUUCAUCAUCGCCCUGAACGUCUUUUUCUUCAUCGUCACUGUGUGGAAGCUCGCCCAGAAGUUCGCCACCCUCAACCCAGACCUCUCCAAGCUGCACAAAAUAAAAGCUUUCACAGUCACCGCCAUCGCCCAGAUGUGCAUACUGGGACUGAUGUGGGCGUUUGGAGCCUUCUUGUUCAGCGAGGGCACGACGGCGGUCGCAUACGUCUUCACCAUCCUCAACAGCCUGCAGGGUGCCCUGGUCUUCGUCAUGCACUGCGUGCUGUCUAAACAGGUGAGAGAUGAGUACGUCCAGCUCCUUUCCUGCGUCUGCACGCCGCAAAAGAAGAGGUACUCCGACUUCAGCAGCACCAAUCCGUCCAGCAGUCAAUCUCAAGGUUCCCGGAGUGGACAGAUCACAGGAGAAUCCCAAAUAUGAAGAGCUUCAUCAUCCAUACCCCGCCUCAUGGGCAGAAAAUCACGCCUUCAGACUGUUAGGGCAAAGACUGUCAAGGUUCAAAUCACCUAGAAAAACAAACGUGUCCUUCUGUUGCCUACAUUUCAGUGAUUUUUAAGUUAUUAUUCUUUCGAACUGCCGUUGUUGACCCGUAGAAGAGCAGCAAGAGUGAUCUCUUAUUUAAACUAAACUAAACAGAAACGCUACAAAACCGGAAAAAAACAACAAAAAAAAACAAUACAUUGAGUGAAGCCAUCAAUCAAUGUGGAUCAGGAUUUGGACUUUUGCCGUUGUACGUUUUUGAGACUUGAGUCAAGGGUGAUCAGACUGUGAAUUGUGAAAACUAAAACCCUCCAUCUCAUCUCCUCAAUUCUGUAUUCAGUUUCACCAUGAAAAUGAAAAACUAUUUUAGAGCCAAAAUGGUCUCAAACGUUGCAAAAGGAUGAAUUUUUAAUGUACUUAAACAACUUCUUGUGACUAAACGGCGCCCCCUGCUGACCACUAAAGCAAACCCAAUGUUUCAGGAAAUUUUUAUCCGUCUUUUUGACAGUUCUGUUUAAAUACUCUGUAAGGUCCAUAAAAAAUACCAUUGGGGGGAAAAAAAGCAGAAAAUCUUAUCUAACUAUGCACACCGACUUCAAUUUUAAAAAGAAGAACAAGACACCAAAAUAUAAUGUAGAAAGAAAAAGGGUUUGAUAGUUUCUGAUGUUUUUACUGCCAUUCACAACAGAACAAAUUGUAUGUGAUGUGAUUUAUACUGUAAAAUGAUCCAGGUUAUUUUAUUUUAUUUUUUAAAGUGAGCCUUAAAAAUGUUUCUUCAGGAGUUGUUUGAGUUACAUCGAUGCUGCGUUAGUAAACAGAAGUGGCUCGUCAGUUCAACCGGAACAUAUCACAGUUAUAAUAUAAGCUGUACUGCCUCCAAGGCAACUUAAAACUGAGUUUUAUGGAUUUAGACAUAUUUAUUUCAGAACGCAGACAACAGAAGUUAAUACACACACGUGAGCAGAUAGUUUGCACUGUAUUUGAUGUAAAUGUUACCUGUAUAAAUAGUAGUUUUUGUUGUUUGUUUUGUGCGUACCGUAGGGAAAAAGGUACUGAAUACAUCAAAAAGUAUACUUCUAAUGCGGUGAUGGGGGUCAUGAAAUUCACACCAGAUGUUGGUAACAAUCCAAGUUAUCCCCAAAUGAUUACCGUCACCUUGGAUUAAAAUACAAGAACUGUUCCAGAACAGAGUGAAAAACUAAAUAUAAACUAAAUAUAUAGCACUGUUUUCUUAAACAUAACAGCGCACAGAUAAUCCACAAUUUAAGAAAAGAAGAAAUUCAUUUGUAUUAAAUAAAAUUAGACUGUCUGUAUGCUUCCGUUUAUGUUUUUGGACAUUUUCAAAUAUUUACACAUUUUUUCAUGGACCUCUGAAAUUUCUAAACUUUGUCCACUUUCAGCUCAUCGACUGUUGCUCAGUCAAUUAGGACUGAACCUGUCGAUAUCCACCACCACCACUAGGGGGCAGGAAUUCUUUCAAAACACCGAGAUUUCUUCAAGUUCCUUUAGUAUCCAAGCCUUUUUUUUUUUUUUUUUUUUUUUUUUUUUUUUUUUGCGGUGUAUUAAUUUUAAUGCAUUUCAUCCUUAUUCUAUGUCUCAUUAUACAUGUUACACGUACUUUCUGACACAUUGGUUACAAUGUUGUUGUAUUUGGGCUAAGUUUGGCUACUACCAACGUCCGGUGUGAACGUCGUGGCAAAUAGCCAAUUCAAAAUUCAUCUUCACACGGAGAAAUGCUGAAGUAUUUGAUACUUAUUUACCCGGCUGUACUUCUGUGGUAUUUGUCUUCAUGUACUGUAAUGAAAUAUUAUGCUUAUAAUGGGACAGAAACUCACGCACAGCCUCUGAUUUCAAACAAAACGAGCGAUAUGUGUUGCUUUCAUCACUCAUGACUAAUGUCAAAUCCUCCAUCUUGGCUUAUGGCUGAGCUUUCCUGCUCUUUUAUUGUUAUUAUUAUUCUUAUUAUUGCAAUUGCCAACCAUGUAAACACAUCCGGGACAGGAUAAGAGCUUCAGUAACCAACAAAAACGCGGCCCGCCCUGCUGAUAAGGUUGCAGCAACUUCCCCCCAUCAUGCAGUGUUUGUUGAGUAAAUGUCCAUUUAAUUACCGUGUUCUUAUUUUAGAGCUUGUGUGUGUCCAGGAAAUGCUCGUUACUGUAAGACUGAGGCUUUAUCGCUGAAAUGAGAGCUUAGACAAGAUUUGUACAGACCUGAGUUUGUUUUCUAUCACUGCACUUUUCUGUUGUAAAAAGAAAUAUCCAGUACAGCUAUAGGGUUUCAUUUUGUUAUGUAAUAAUAGAAGCAGUCGCACUAGCAGAACCUUCAUAGUUUUAUGUAUAGAUAUGCAUUUUAAUUUUCCAUCAUUCACAUCUGUUGAAUUAGACAUGGAAAAUCUUGUUUUUUAUAAUAAAUUAGAGGCUUUCAGAGCUGCAUUUUGUUUUAUCUUCCUAUUGAUGUUCAGAUUUCAAUGUUAACCUUUAGUUUUACCAGCUGUUCUUUGGUUUGUAAUUGUCGUGGUUUUUAUUAUUAUUUUGUACCAGUUUUAUUCCUGCAAAGCAAAAAGUUGUGUUUAUGCUAAAAAAUAAAAGCAAUGUGCAGCUUUUUUAAAUGAAUGUAAGAUUCCUUAUUGUUAGUAUAUAGCAGAGCUACAUUUAUAAAUAAGCUUAUUUUUUUACUUUGGUUCACUUUACACGAUUUGGUACUUUUUCUUCAAUGGAUAUUGUCCACAAUUCUGAAUAAAGCCUUUUCUUCA